UAUUUAUGCCGUUAUUACAGCUGCAAUAUUAUUGUGAGAAUGAAGAGCAGCUCAUUCAACACAGACUUUGAGACGCUCCAUUUAUAAUCUUGGAACACCGUCGGAGAAUGCGUGCUGAACGCCGACAUUCUCUACGUGCAACAAGCCGGUAGCGUUGCUAAGCAACACACAGCUUAUCAGAAUUGAGUUCCACUCUAAUGGAGAAGAUGCAGGCCCAAGAAAUGAUGAGUGGCCUGAGGAUACCAGAGAUGGAUGAGCUUGGCCAGUUUUUCCGCUCCCUGCCAACAUCCACCUUGGUGGGAAUUGGCGCCCUGACAGCUGUGUUGGCAUACUGGUUGGCCACCAGGCCUCGACCUAUCAAGCCUCCCUGUAGUCUCCUUCACCAGUCUGAGGAAGUGCCACAUGAAGGUGGAGGUCGAAGAUCCAUGAUGGGUGAUCCGUCUAGAUUGCUGACUCAUUACCAUGAUGAUGCCAGGACCAUGUAUGAAGUCUUUCAGAGAGGCCUUCAUAUUUCUGGCGAUGGACCCUGCCUGGGCUCUCGACUCCCAAACCAGCCCUACAAAUGGAUGUCCUACAAAGAGGUUACUGCCCGGGCAGAGCAUCUGGGUUCAGGCCUUCUGCACCAAGGCUGCCAACCCAAUCCCACCCAGUUCAUUGGAGUGUUUGCACAGAACAGACCAGAGUGGAUCAUCUCCGAGUUGGCUUGUUACACGUACUCCAUGGUGGUGGUGCCCCUCUACGACACGCUUGGCGCAGAUGCUAUACGGUUCAUCAUUAACACUGCUGACAUCUCCACGGUGAUCUGCGACAAAGUCGAAAAAGCUCAGGUUCUUUUGGGCAACGUGGAGCGGAAGGAGACACCAAAGCUGCAAAGAAUCAUUCUCAUGGACACCUUUGGCUCUGAACUCGAGGAGUGUGGCAAAGGCUGUGGUGUCCAUGUGCAGGGCCUCCAGGAAGUUGAGGCUCUGGGCAGAGAGCACUACAGAAAACCUAUUCCACCAGCGCCUGAUGAUCUGUCCAUUGUGUGUUUCACAAGUGGAACAACAGGAAACCCCAAAGGAGUUAUGCUCACCCAUGGAAACGUAGUUGCGGAUUUCGCAGGAUUUCUUAAAGUCACAGAUAAAGUAAUUUUUCCAAACCAAGACGACUGCCUCAUCUCCUUCCUGCCGCUGGCUCACAUGUUUGAGAGACUAAUUGAGAAUGUGGUCUACUGCCAUGGAGGUCGGAUCGGAUUCUAUCAGGGCGAUAUACGGCUCCUGCCGGACGACAUGAAGGCCCUGCGGCCUACCAUUUUCCCUGUGGUGCCUCGGCUGCUUAACCGUAUGUAUGACAAGAUUUUCAGCCAAGCAAACACCCCACUGAAGCGCUGGCUGCUCAACUUUGCUGCCAAGAGAAAGGGGGCUGAGGUCAGCAGAGGUAUCAUUCGCAGUGACAGCAUCUGGGACAAAAUCUUCUUCAGUAAGAUUCAGGCCAGCCUGGGAGGAAGGCUGAGGAUGAUUAUAACAGGAGCAGCUCCUACCUCACCCACCGUACUGAGUUUUCUCAGAGCAGCUUUAGGUUGCCAGGUUUAUGAAGCAUAUGGACAAACAGAGUGCACGGCUGGCUGUACCUACACCACACCAGGAGACUGGACCUCAGGUCAUGUUGGGGCUCCUCUGCCAUGUAAUCUCAUUAAACUGGUGGAUGUUCCUGAGAAGAACUACUUUGCAUCUAAGGAUGAGGGAGAGGUCUGUGUGAAGGGUCCAAAUGUGUUUAAAGGCUACCUCAAAGACCCAGAGAGAACAGCUGAGACGCUGGACGCAGACGGUUGGCUUCACACCGGAGAUAUCGGCAAAUGGUUAUCGAAUGGCACGCUGAAGAUUAUUGACAGGAAAAAGCACAUCUUCAAGCUGGCGCAGGGUGAGUACAUCUCCCCUGAGAAGAUCGAGAACAUCUACAUCAGGAGUCAACCCGUGGCACAGCUCUAUGUUCAUGGGGAUAGUCUGCAGUCCUGUUUAGUGGGAAUUGUGGUUCCUGACUCUGAAGUGAUGCCUGAGUGGGCCAAGAAGAAAGGCAUUCUGGGCACUUACAAGGACCUUUGUAAAAACACGGAAUUAAAGAAGGCCAUACUUGAAGAUUUGGUGCAUCUGGGCAAAGCCAAUGGCCUACUAUCUUUUGAGCAAGUGAAGAACAUCUACAUCCACAAUGAGAUGUUCUCCAUCGAGAACGGCCUUCUGACUCCAACGCUAAAGGCCAAGCGACCCGAGCUCAAGGAAUUCUUCAAGAAGAAGAUUGACGAGCUCUACAGCAGCAUCUCCAUGUGAAGGCCACCGUGACCUUGUUUUCCUUUGAGUAUCCUGACACAAAGAUCUGUUUUGACCUGCAGUGGGACAAUUCUGCAUCUCAUGAGCCAGAGCAUGCUUUAGGGAAGCAAACCAAAACUGUCCCAAAUGUGGAAGAUUUAAAAUGGCUGUUCAAAACAACCUAAACAAGGAAUAAAACGUGAGACGGCACACAUUGUCACAUUUAUUUCUUUAAUUUAUGCAUUUACUGUAUAAAUGACCUCAGCUAUAUUCUUAAGUGAUUGUUGUUUAACUUUUAUUCGGGGAUAACUGAAUAAGUUUUUUUUGUGGCAUGAGUUCACCACAUUAAAAACCAAUCAAAACACAAGAAGCAAAUCAGUGUUUAACACUGCAUUGUCCACCAGAGGGAGGCAUAGAGCUGCAUAUCCUGCAUAUGCAAAGCACUACUUUCCUUUACAUUUUUAUCAGCAUAAAAUAUUAAAUGCAAAAGAAAUAUAUAUGACAAUGUGUAUUGUUACAUAUAUUUCAUACUGUCUUUUGUUGGAUUGGUUUUAAAUUAGGCAUAUUAAAUCUUACCAACACUGCUACCUGCUAUCGAUCCAAACAAAUUACAGCUCAGAUCGUAGAAUCAGAAAAAAAAACAUUCAACACUGAGCAGACCAUCUUUAUGUCCUGUCCCUCUCUUACCCUCCCCAUCAGUUUUAAUCAGCCAGACAAACAAGUGUACAACCACAAGUUCAGUGUAAUUGUGUGUAGAGUAACUCCAGGAGAUAUCUAAAAGUGGGAAACAAAAGACUGUAAUCCACUCAAAAGCUGUCUCACAGUGGAGACUGAAAAAAUGUAAAUCCAGCUUUCAGAGCUUCUCCAAAUCUUUUAAAUCACUGCUCUGUUUUAUGUGGGGCAUUUACCCAAAUUAAACUCUAUGUUUUUAAGUCAUUCAUUACAGGGAGAGUCAUCAUUACGUGGACUGUGGCCAGACGUUCAGCGUGCAUGCACUAUUUUCAAUGUAGAGAACUGGCCCAGAUUAAACUGUCAUUUCAGCUGGUGCAAUUACUGCUUUUUUUUCAUUCAUUUCUGCACUAAGAAUAGGUCUGGUGAAAACAAACAAACAAAAAAGGAUGAAUGAGUGAAUGCCUAACCAGGGCUUAGGGCAAAGCAUGCAGUUUGCCAUGCAAUGCUGAGACCAUUUGGCUUUCAAUGCAGAUGGUUUUACCCUGAGGCUGUAUGCAGCUGCCUACAACCGCUGUUACAUUGCUGGGUUAUGUAACUCUGGUAAUGGAAGGUUAAUAGAACAAACGACAACUUUAAAACAUAGGGAACAUUUGUUUUGUUUGAAGGAUUUACUUAUAGUAGUAAUGCAUACGCUUUUAGAGUUGAUUACCGUCCCAAAGCAUAAACAAUGUGGAUGUAUAUAAAUGAGGACAGGUAGAUGUAAGCAUAUUUAUUCGAAUCAACCGUUUGAAUUAUUUCUUUUUUGUUCUUCUCUUUUUUGCGUGUAGUAGGAAGAAUUGUACUUUAUUUAUUUAUGUAUUAUGAUGUACAAUGGAAUCAGCACCAUAUCCUUGUAAUGAUUGAUCGCUGCAAAAGGGAUGAGAGUGGGUGGGGAAAUAGGAGCAGGGCAGUGAAAUAAAAGAUAUUCUGGAAUGAUUUUAAA